AUGUAAAAAACAAAUAUAAAAUCUGUUACGGCUCGAAAUGAGUAGGCGAAAGCUAAACUCACGAAAGAAUAAUUUCUUACUCUAGCUAAAAUGUGUUAGAGUACGAGCACGCAAUAAUUGCUGAGUAAGAAAUUGCCAUCCUAAUAAAAACCUGUUCUGGCAAGUUAAUUGAAUAUUACUCCAAGAAACAAUACUCCCAAAAGUUGUAGAACUGCAUAGGAAAUGAAAUAUUUUCUUUAUUAAAAGAAUCUAGUUAAGGACCCAAUUAACAAGCCCCAGAAUCAUUCUUAAUUGCUUCCUAAGACCAAGAAUAGUUUGCAUCGAAAUUUCUCUUAGUUGGAAAAAUCAUCAAACAGCCAACAAAACAACGGAUAAUCGACAGCACCAAACACAGUAAAAAAAAAAUACAACUUGCUUUCAACUGACUCUGCAAAUAAGUCGGAUCAACGGUUCUCUUCUGUUCAAUUUGCAUAACAAAUAGCCCAACAAUUAAAGAAGAAGUAUGAACCACUAUAACCAUAACAAAAGAAGGAAAAUUUACAUGUGAGCUUGGAUGAUUUCGUCACAUAAAUCAAUCGACCUCAGUCCAUAAUAUCUCCCUUCAAAUAAACUAAGUCAUUAUCCCCUUCUACAAGGGUCAACAUUGCUCCUUCUAAAAGUACUCAUUCAUUUUACCAUUUAGAAUCCCUUUAUUACGUUUCAUCCUUAGUCGAAUCCUUCAGACACAUUUUACCUUAAAAUCAAGAACAAUAACUAUUUCGAGAUCACGCUGUCUAGACAUUCAAUUGUAUUUCGUUCUGUGUGAAAUUGCAAGAACCAACAAAAAUGAUUUUGGAACAAAAACGAAUGGAAAUUCCAAUGAAAUCACAUUAUAAAUUCAAGAAAACCGUUGUAUUCGAUCUAGAUGAAACCCUCAUACAUUGCAAUGAGAAUCAAAAUCUUAAGGCAGACAUCUAUUUGCCAAUCACAUUCCCCUCUGGAGACACAGCCCAAGCUGGCAUCAACAUUCGUCCUUUUGCCAAAUGGAUCUUGCAAGAAUUGAGCCAACUGUGCGAAGUGAUAGUUUUCACAGCCUCUCACCAGUGCUAUGCCAGUCAGGUUAUUAAAUACCUGGAUCCACAUUCCACUCUCCUAUAGGGUUAAUUGUUUAGGGAUCGAUGUGUGCUGUCCCCAGAUGGAGUGCAUAUCAAGGACUUGAGAGUUUUGAAUAGAGAUCUCAAGGACAUAGUUUUGAUUGACAAUGCUGCUUAUAGUUUUGGAGUUCAUUUGGAGAACGGAAUCCCAAUAAUUCCAUAUUAUGAUAACAAGGAGGACAAAGAAUUGAAGAUGCUGUAUGAAUUCUUGGUUGACCAGGUGUUGCCGGCACCAGACUGUAGAAUAGUGUUGCAAUCGGUGUUCAGAUUAAGAGAGUAUUUCAACUACGGAGAACCAAAAUAAGCAAUAGAGAAAUUAUAUUGAUUUUAUAUAUAGUUUAAUGAUUUACAUUUAACAGGGAA